AUGAAAUUAUUAUUUUUAUUACUACUUUUUUUUUUCAGGAUGGAUGAAAGUACUGUUGGGAAAACAUCUGUGUCAUCAUCGGUAACGGGUACAUCGUUACUUGAUUUCUACAUUGGUCUAGGUCUUGCGGUAUCAUCAUCAUUAUUUAUUGGUAGUUCAUUUAUAAUAAAAAAGAAGGCUUUAAUUAAACUUGCACAGAAUGCAGAUUGUUCACAACGUGCUUCUGAAGGUGGUUUUGGUUAUCUCAAAGAAUGGAUUUGGUGGUUAGGCGUCAUAACAAUGGGUCUUGGUGAAGCCUGUAACUUUGCUGCUUACGCAUUUGCUCCAGCAAGUUUGGUUACUCCACUGGGAGCUUUAAGUGUUCUUGUUACAGCGGUGCUAUCAUCUCGUUUGCUCAAAGAAAGAUUAAAUUUAUUGGGUAAAAUAGGAUGCGCUGUAUGUUUACUUGGAUCUACUGUUAUCGUUAUACAUUCUCCAAAAACCGAAGAAGUCUCUUCAAUGGAUGAUCUCGCUCAAAAAAUGAAGGAUGCAGUAUUUAUAUUUUAUGUCAUGUCGGUUAUUGUCGUCUCUCUGUUAUUAAUAUUGUAUGUUGCUCCACGUUAUGGACAUUCGAACAUACUAGUGUAUAUUGCCAUUUGUUCAAUUAUUGGAUCUCUCUCGGUGCUUUCGGUGAAAGGGCUUGGUCUCGCCAUUAAAGAGUCGAUUCUUGAAAAGCAGCAGUUUACUAACUUCUUGACUUGGUUCUGGCUCACAGCAGUGAUUGGAUGCGUCUCUGUACAAUUGGUUUAUUUGAAUAAAUCGUUAGACAUCUAUAAUACAUCCAUGGUGACGCCGAUUUAUUAUGUCUUUUUUACAACUUUUGUGAUUUUGGCUUCUUCUAUAUUAUACAAAGAAUGGUCGUGUCUGGGUCCUAGUGACGUUUUAGGCAAUGUAAUUGGUUUCUUAAUAACCAUUAUUGGUAUUUUCCAGAUGCAGUUGUUCCGCGAUGUCAAUAUAUCAUUGAGGCAAAUUCGUGUGCUUUUACAUAAACCUUCAACCAGUGUAGAUCAGUUCGAUAUUAUGGGUAGUGCCACCUCUUUAGUCGACGAUUUGCCAAGGAGGCCAUCACAACAGGUUUAUACAUAA